UCCACAACAUCUGGAGAGCCGAAGGUUGCCUAUCCCUGCACUAGAGGACUGGUUUUGGAAACAUUCCUGUAUUUGUGUUGUCAAUUCCAUUCCUGUCACCAUAAUCACAACAGUGGGCCGUUAUAGUGAACCUACACUGACCCUUUAAAACCACACAUACGAUAGCUACAACCUACACUUGCUCUGUAGUCAGUGGUACUCCUCUGAGGCCCUCAAUUUAAAUUAAUAUUUUUGUUUUCUGUAACAUCUUCAAUUGUAGAUAAUUGCAUGCAUUAUGUUGUUUAUUUCAUGCAGGCUCUGAAUCACACAUUUUGUUUUCUUCACUGGUACUUUGAGCAGUUCCUUUGGAUACAUUAACCAUGACUCAGCCAAAAAAGAGGGUCCGACCAAGCAUGAAUCGAGAUGUAUCCACGCUGCAGGGUGACGAUAUCGAUAUGGAAGAUGAUUCUAUCAUUCAGACACAGACUGCAUCACAGGUGCAGAAAAAUCUGGACAGACAUUCACCAGAUCAACUCAAUCUUAAGGUGGGCGAGGUAGUACAGUACCUGCUGAUAAAAGAUCAGAAGAAGUUGCCUAUCAAGCGGGCGGAUAUUGUAAAAAAUGUAUUGAAGGAAUUCAAAGAUGUAUACCCAGAAAUACUGCUCCGUGCCAAGAAGACUCUGCUGGAGGUGUUUGGCUUUGAGCUGAUGGAGGUUGACACAAAGAUCCACAUAUACAUUCUUGUCAACAAAUUAGAGCGUGUACCUGGUGAUCACAUGAGAGUGGACGACAAUACGGCUAAGCUCGGUUUACUCACCGUUAUUCUCAGUCUCAUCUUUAUGAAGGGGAAUACCGCAAAGGAAACGGCUAUCUGGGAGACACUGAGGCGUUUGCGCAUUGAACCUGGGGAGAAACACCCUGAUUUUGGCGAUGUAAAGAAGCUUGUAACUGACGAAUUUGUAAAGCAGAAAUACCUGGAGUAUAACAAAAUGCCACAUACAGACCCUGUUGAGUAUGAAUUGCGCUGGGGGCCGAGGGCUUAUAAAGAAACCUCAAAAAUGAAAAUCUUGGAAUUUGUCUCGAAGGUUCAGCAGAAGGAUCCCAAAUCCUGGUCCACUCAGUACAGAGAAGCACAGGAACCUGCAGUGGCUCCAUCAGUCUGCUGGACGCUGAGUUGACUUAUUCUCAUAAACCCAUUGUUGGGUCUCUCUGAAGGCUGGGGUCAGGACCCCCAUAAUGUCUGAGUUUUCAAUGUUUUCUAUUGAUCUCUACAGUUUAAAGUUACAAGACGUUAGAACAGCU